GUAGGUGUUUGGCCUUCUGAAGAGGUUCUAGCUUACUAUUGUGUGAAGAACCACAACAUGUUCAGGGGCCUUGCUGUAUGUGAGCUAGGAGGUGGCAUGACAUGCUUGGCUGGUCUCAUGGUUGCGAUUUCUGCAGAUGUCAGAGAAGUUCUGUUAACUGAUGGGAAUGAAAAGGCCAUCAAAAAUGUUAAAGAAACUAUUAAGAAAAACCUCCAUGCUGAUUUUUUCAGAGCUCACAACGUGACAGGAAGCAUUUUACGAUGGGAUAAUGAGAGAGACAUUUCUCUAUUGGAAGGACAUUUUGACAUUGUUAUGUGUGCUGACUGCCUGUUUCUGGACCAGUACAGAGUCAGCCUUGUUGAUGCAGUAAAAAGAUUACUGCAGCCCAAAGGAAAAGCAUUUGUCUUUGCACCACUAAGGGGGAACACCUUAAAUCAUUUCUGCAGUGUUGCUGAAAAGAAUGGCUUCUCCAUUCAAAGACAUGACAAUUACGAUGAGCAAGUGUGGCAGUUUCAUUCCAAACUAAAGAAUGAAGAAAACAAAAUUUAUGAUGAAAACCUCCAUUAUCCAAUCCUUCUCAUUUUGACUAACAAAGAAAAUAAUAUGGAUCUGAAGCAAAGCUAAUGUUUGAACAGAGUUACCUCUUUGCUUAGUUAUGCACAUAUGCCAGUACACCAAAGCACAAUCUGAGGAAAUAACUUUUCAGAAUGUUGCUUAAUUCCUUUCAUUGCACUACAAACAAAGGCUGCUGUUUUAUUACUGCUACUUUUUGUUCUUUUUUUUUUUAUAAAAGUAUGGAGCCUUACUCAAAAUGCAAAGCUCUGAGAAAUAAUAUGAUUAUACAUAUGUUUUCUUUGAUAAAAUACAGUUGGACCUUACUUAAGCUAUAUUUUUAUUAUCAAUUUUCAUGCAUUCAUGGAGCUUAUAUAAACUGUGAUCUAAUGUUUUUAGACCAUUUCUAGAACUAUUUUUUUGCCAGUGUUGUGAUUUUUUUCUUACGUGUGUUAAAUUUGCCUAAAAUAAAAUGUAUGACUUGCUUUAAUCUUUCCGUAUAUGAAAAGUGCUGCACUAGUUCCCCAUUGAGCAGAAAACGCGUGUCUUUUGCAUCAGACAAGAGUCUUGUAAACUUGACCACUUGCCCUGUGGACACAAUCUUUUGUCCAGCCUUCUGGCCCUCCUCUACAAUUAUGUGUGAUUAGUCUCAGUGUGGUAUGUCAGAAAGGGGGAGUGGGCUGUGUCCUAUUAUCUGUUUAGGUACAAGAGGAAGAACACAGAGCGGCCUGAAUAGCAAAUGAAUGCUUAUCAGUUAAAAAUGUAGGUUACAGGCCUCUAAACCCCUGUCUUGGGACCCUGAUUCAUGCAAUGUUUUAUUUUUAAAAACAGUAUUUGUUGUGUGUAUAUUUUUUAGUAAAUCAAAUAAAGUAACUUGUCACUUUUUACUGAAAUAAGAUGAAUAUGGCCAAAUGGCAAAACAUAUUGCAAGAUAAUACAAUAAAGUACUGUUUUUUUGUGAACAAACCAUAAUAUGGACCAUGCUAUGUAUGAAUAUAAUGCUGUUCUGAUAUAGUCUAGUACUGUGCUCUUCUGUACUGUAACACAUUGUAUUCCUUUUAAAAUGCUGUAAAAUGCCUUUCCACUUUAAAUAUCUAAUGAUUGAUUAAAAAAAACGUGAUCUGUA